AUGGAGAGUAACGAAGAACGGAGUGCAAGUGCUAAUGCUAAAGAAACGCUCUCUCGCAACACGCACGCCCCUCCACCAUGGGAUGGGUGCCUCCCUCGCCCCUCCACCAUGGGAUGGGUGCCCCCCUCGUCCCCCCGUUCCCCACUACCCAGCCGCGCCCACCACUGCAUCCACCCACCCCACCCCAUCACAUCAUCCCCACCAACCUCUCUGCGCCCACCAUGCAAAGCGCCGUUCCCACACCCUCCCCCCCACCCCACCCCCCUUCGCCCCCCCCCUCUUCCCCCCUCCCCUCCCCACCUCCCUGCCCCCCCCCAAGCACUCGCACCUCGGCCGCAGCAGCGGGUGCACUCCACUCGCCCACUCCCCCUGCAGUCGGGGCAGGGCGGGUCCGGGCGGGGACACGUGGGGAUGCCGCGCUGGGGGAGUGGGGAAAAAGGACGGGGGGAGGGGGAAGUGGGUGUUGGGGGGGGGGAGGGGGAAGUGGGUGUUGGGGGGGGGGAGGGGGUGGGGAGGGAGAAGCGAAGCUGA